AUGGGUGGUGAAGUUGCAGUCUUUGCGGACACAAACUUGGGCACUCGCAUUGCUUUCAAUGCCCCCCACGACAUUACAGCUGGAGCACUCAAAAGAGACUUAGAGAAAGUUCACUUCACAUGUUUACCAGAUAUAGGAGAGAUUCAAGUUGAUGGAUUAAUGGUGAAGCAAAAAUCAUGCUUUUACUACCUGCCUGAUUCCGUGCCUGUAAAGUAUGCCUUCCCUGGGAUGAGAGGAACAUGGUUUCUUCAUGUGGAAGUGACGGAUUCAAAGUGCUUGUUUAUUCCAUGUUUACCCCGCGAUGCAGCUAUUACUUUGAAACAUCGGGACCUAAUGACAUGCAAUAGUGAGGAUAAGGCAAGAUGCAACAAGGAGGAAAAGAGAACGGAAGGAUUCCAACCCCAUGCAUAUUUAUUGGAAGAGCAUGAAACUACUAAUCAUGUUUUAAAGAAGCAGAAGGGAAAGGGAAAUUCUCAUGAAAAUUACAUGAAGAAUGCAGCCAGUGGAAUGCCAAAAAGGUGUUCCUGCAGAUUUGGAGACAAACAUACUGAUACGACGAAUAAGAGUCAACAUAUGAUGCCAGAGAAUAAAGUUGAAAAUCGUGUUGAGUUGCAUGCUAACUCAAUGCAAGGAAGUCUCAGUAAGAUGUCAACACAAGUGAUAUCAGUCACAGGUAUAAUCAAUAAAUAUUUUUCAGGUUUCAAUGGGAUUGACAAUUUUAGCAGCUCUUCAAACUCGGAUGUUACAUCUAGAGCUGUUUGUGGUGAGAUUGAAGUUCAGUCCAAGUCCAACACCAGAGCACACAGUUUCUCAAAGAGACAAAUUGAUUCCUUGCCACAGUUCACUCCCAAAACACCUCCACAUGUCUUGCAUGUUGACUUGGUUUCCAAAAAUUCAAGGGACAAAAAUAGAAGAUCCAGAGUUGGGAAACGUCUUCUUGUAGCUUCACAUAGUCUUGGGGUUUCUACUACUAAGUACUCUCCCACACUUUCUUUCUGUAGAUUUAAAGAUAGAAAUCUACUAGAGGACAAAUCUCAAACUAAUGGUUCAAUAUUUUCUAUCAGCGACAGUGAUGAUUAA